AUGGAAUUCUUCCGAAAAGCCAAAUCCGUCCGGCUCAAGAGCCACCACGACAAAUACCUAACGGCGGACCCUGACGAGGACACCGUCGUCCAGGGUCGAUUAGGAACGUCGAUCUCCGCCAAGUGGGCGGUCGAAUUUGUCGACGGCGUCGAGAACGUGGUCCGGCUGAAGAGUCGGUACGGGAAAUACCUCACGGCUUGCGACGAGGAGUUCCUGUUGGGGGUAACCGGCCGGAAGGUCGUCCAGAGCCUACCGAGGAAGCUGGACUCGUCUGUCGAGUGGGAGCCUGUUAGGGACGGGAUGCAGGUGAAGCUAAAAUCCAGGUACGGCAAUUUCCUGCGGGCCAACGGAGGUCUGCCGCCAUGGAGAAACUCGAUUACCCACGAUAUUCCUCAUAGGCACCACGAUUGGGUUUUGUGGGAGGUUGAUGUCGUUGAGGUCCGGCCAGAGUCGCCACCUAGGGUUUUGCGAUCGGAUUCUUUGGAUGAGGAUUUGAGUUCUGCUUCCUUUCGUAUUCGUAUCCCAAGCGUGUCUAGUGGUUCAUUUGAAGACUCGCCAAAGAAAUCAGAGGGCCGGCUAAUAUACUAUUACGUGGUGGAUGAAGAUGGGGAAGUCAAUGAUGCAAUUGAAGAACGUUCGUUCCAGUUUAAAGGGCAUUGCUUGGAGGAGCUGACAGACAAGUUGGAGGAUGAAACUGGGCUUGAGGAUAUAAUCAUUUGCUCGAGAAACAUUGUGAAUGGGAAGCUUUAUCCGCUCCGGCUAGCUUUACCUCCCAACAAUAACACCAUGCAUGUCGUCGUGGUCCCACCAACUUCGAAAGCUGCAAAUGAAUUCCUGCCAGCAGCUCCUACUUCUCCAUGA